UCACUGAGUUGAAUUGGACACUCGAGGACCGGAGUUGGGAACCACUGCUGUGCACUGUCGACGCAAGCCUCCACGGUUUCAGAAAUAAGGUUAUAGGUUGCUCAUAACAAACGGUAGAAAGUGGUAGCUUUAUAGUAAACCAUUUGUUUUCGUUUACGGAUUGUCAAAUCCUCCCUAAGCCAUUGGCUGGUGAUCUCACACCUACUUUGUACAAAGGUCACGAGGUGCGGACUGGGGAAGUUUAAAUAAUCAGUUUUCUGAAAAACUCGGCCAAGAAGAAACCUCUAAAUUACAUUCACAGCGGAUUAAUUCGUGACUAUGUCAAUGUUUUUAUACACUAUACUGGCCGGAUUGGCUAUAUUGCCACUCUUCCUUUUCCUCAGAAAUCCUUACUUUGUGCAGGACCUGCGGUACACAAUUACUUGUAUAUUCAUCGGGUUACGAAUAGAAAGCAUCAAGAGGAGCAAGCCGUUGUAUACCAUGCUGGACUGUUUCCUCGAUAAGGUGAAAAAACACCCCGACAAACAAUUCAUUGUAUUUGAGGGAAGUUGCUUCACGUACCGGGACGUUGACCUACAGAGCAACAAGAUCGCCAGGGCGCUCUCACUGGACGCGGUCUUGGAAGAAGGCGACACCGUCGCGCUCCUUAUGGGCAACGAGCCUGCGUACGUGUUCGCCUGGCUCGCCCUGGCUAAAUUGGGAUGUGCCGCGGCUCUCCUCAACUACAACAUCAGGUCCAAGUCCCUAAUGCAGUGUUUCUCCUGCUGUGGGGCCAAAGUUCUCCUGACCUCAUCAGAGUUUCGGGGAGUGGUAGAGGAGGUGCUCCCUUCCUUGAGGGAGCAGAGUGUGAGUGUGUUUGUGCUGGGUCAGGAGGAGCAGGAGGAGGGGGGGGCUAGGGUGGAGGGGGUAAAGACAUUGAGCAGUGGCAAGAUACAGCAGGCCUCAGAUCAGCCCCUGGACCCACAGCUGAGGUCAAAGGCCACCAUAAAGAGCCCCACCCUCUACAUCUACACCUCAGGAACCACAGGUCUGCCGAAGGCUGCGGUGAUCAACCAUGAGAGAAUGACCCUGGCCGCCUCCAUGCAGGCCAUCGCAGGUGUGACCCGCGACGACGUCAUCUACAUCUACCUGCCCCUCUACCACACGGCCGGCUUUGUGAUGGGCUUGGUCGGGGCCAUAGAGAGAGGCAACACCGUCAUCCUGAGGAGGAAGUUCUCGGCCUCUCAGUUCUGGGACGACUGCAGGAAGUACAACGUGACUGUGAUCCAGUACAUAGGAGAGAUCAUGAGGUACCUCUGUAAUACGCCCAAGAAAGAUAACGACAGGCAGCACAAGGUACGCCUGGCCUUGGGUAACGGGAUCCGAGCUGACACUUGGUCCGAGUUCUUGGAGCGUUUCGGGGAUAUCCGUAUCUGUGAAUGCUACGGAGCCACGGAGGGAAACGUAGGAUUCGUCAACUACAUCGGAAAAGUCGGAGCGAUCGGCAGAGAGAACUUCAUUCACAGAGCAGGCAACCCAUAUGCCCUGAUUCAGUAUGACACAGAGAGAGAGGAACCUGUCCGAGACUGCAGAGGUUUCUGUGUGAAAGUCCCUAAAGGAGAAACGGGUCUACUGGUGGCUAAGAUUAGCUCACGAGCUCCAUUCAGCGGCUACGCUAAGAGCCCGCAGCAGACAGAAAGAAAGAAGCUGAAGGAUGUGUUUGUGAAGGGAGACCAGUACUUCAACAGCGGCGACCUGCUGAGGAUAGACAAUGAGGGUUUCGUUUACUUCAUGGACCGCAUUGGAGACACCUUCAGGUGGAAAGGAGAAAAUGUGGCGACCACAGAAGUUUCUGAUAACCUGAUCAUGGUGGAAUGCAUCGAAGAAGCAAAUGUUUACGGGGUCAAAGUUCCAGGACAUGAAGGUAGGAUUGGAAUGGCAGCGCUCACACUUAAGGACAACAUGGAGUUUGACAGCAAAGCCACUUAUGAACAUGUCAAGACCUCCUUGCCCAGUUACUCUAGGCCACGCUUCAUUCGCAUACAGAAUUCUCUGGAUGUGACUGGAACGUUCAAGAUGAUGAAGGUGAAGCUUGUCAAUGAGGGAUUCAACCCGUCCGUGAUACGAGAUCGCUUGUUUUACCUGGAGGACAAGGAGGGCUACAUCCCCAUGACACAAGAGAUUUACAGCUCCAUCACGGAUGGAAAGCUACGGCUGUGAUUUAUUUCCAAUAGAUUCUGACUGUCUAUCUUUUAUUUUGAAAGGUGUUGCGUUGUUCUUUUGAUUACAACAUGAUUGUGGCACUCAAAGCUGAAAUGUACAAGAAACAGUUCUGUUUGAAGGUAAGGGAGUAAAAUAUGUUUUUACAUUAUCUUAAGGAAAAAAUAAUAAUCAGUACAGAGAAUAUUAUUGAAAAUAUUAAAUUGUUUAAUAAGUACAAAAUCAGAUGGAUUUUGCAAUCUAAAACAAUUGUAUCAGAAAGAUCGGGCUGGGCUGGUCCUGGUCUACUCUUUGAAUGCAGUCUUGAAAAGGUCUUGGUCUGAAUUGAUAUUGGUUAUUGGUUUAAAGUAACAAGUGAGUUUUGAAUUCUGUAGAGAAACAUUGUUUACUUAAAAAAUGUUUUUGGUUAAAUACAUAUCUUGGCCUGGAUUCAAUACGUUCACGGGUCGGAGAAAAUGUCUUUCAAAGGCUCUGUUAUUGAGUUCAAAGACCUCAUUCACCACAUUGCACAUUGAAUGGUCACAUAAAAAUGGCCUUCAAAUGGAGUGUCGUUGAUAAAGAGCAAUUGUAUUGAAUAUAGUCUUGAAAUUGGGUUGGGCAUAACCAGGUCUUUCAUGUGAUGUUGUGACCUCGCUCAGCGCUCUGUACUUCACCUUGAGCUGUGUGGCAUGAUACCAGAAGCACGUUAACUGUUACAUCACAGGCUCACACCGACAGUGACUGAACUUUGGCCUCUUGAUAGGGAUUGUCGGUGACCUUGAAACUUGCCAUGAACAGGUUGAACCUGUUAAUCAUUGUUCUCCACGGAGAUAUUGACUGAUCCUUCAACGUCAUAAUCAGGCCGGGUGUUUUGGAAAAGCACUUUGGGACAACUGCUCAUGUAAAAAUGGCUUUAUAAAUAAACUUGAUUGAUUGG